AUGUCCAAUUCCACAGCACGUCGUUGCAGUCAGCGCCAGUCAAAUCUUCAAUUUUUACAAAAUUCUCAAGAUAACUCAGUUGAUCAGGCAGCAUUUUCAAAGGGAAAGAAGAGGAAAAAUGACUCACAUUCAGUCUCAGAUGAUCUGCCAGCGCGACAAGCUGGACCAAGCGAAGUUCUUGAAGAACCAGGUGUCACUGUUUUUAUAAUCCCUGAAUUUUCAAUAGAUUUACCUCAAGCCGGUCCUUCGACAUCACAAAAAGUGGAGAAGACUACCGGACCAAGGCGGAACAAAGACAACGGGAAGGGGAAAGAGGCUGCACAUGACACAGACAAAGAUUGGGUACCAUCAGUGACUGAAGAGAUGUCAGAAAUUUUGGACAAUGAUCCGGCAGUGGAGAAUGACAAACGGCGGCCCAGGCGCAAAAUCAACAACUUCGGACCAAAGCAGUGUAAUAAGUCGGCUGAAAACAACACUACUCAAAGCUCAAGAAAGAGUGGAAGAACUUGA